AUGCCGAGAUGUUCUUCUUCUUCUUCUUGCCGUCUCCGGGCAUCUCUCUCGACCAGCUUCUUUUCUCCGCUCACCGGCGGAAGCAUCUCCAGCGACUUCUCCGGAACCAAGCUCCGGCCGGAAUCUCUCAAUCCGGCUUAUCUCUCCAGUUCCAAGCCUAAGCGCGGUGUCGUCACUAUGGUCAUUCCUUUCUCAAAGGGGCCUAUAUCUGAACAGCCUCCUCCUGAUCUGGCAUCAUACUUGUUCAAAAAUCGAAUUGUUUACUUGGGAAUGUCUCUUGUCCCUUCAGUUACCGAGUUGAUGCUAGCAGAGUUUCUUUAUCUUCAGUUUGAUGAUGCAGAGAAGCCAAUCUACCUAUACAUAAACUCAACAGGAACAACCAAGGGUGGUGAGAAAUUGGGCUAUGAUACUGAGGCUUUUGCAGUCUAUGAUGUCAUGAGUUAUGUGAAGGCACCAAUCUUUACUCUCUGUGUUGGGAAUGCUUGGGGUGAAGCUGCUUUGCUUCUGACUGCUGGUGCAAAAGGAAAUCGUUCUGCGUUGCCCUCAUCAACGAUUAUGAUAAAGCAGCCAAUUGCUCGGUUUCAAGGUCAAGCAAGUGAUGUUGAUGUUGCAAGGAAAGAAAUCAACAACAUAAAGAAAGAAAUGGUCAAGCUGUUGUCAAUGCAUACCGGUAAAUCCCCAGAGCAGAUUGAAGCUGACAUGCAACGCCCGAAAUAUUUUAGUCCCAGUGAGGCCGUUGAAUAUGGGAUCAUAGAUAAGGUCCUUUAUAACGAACGAAGCAAGCAGGACAGUGGAGUUGUUUCGGACCUUAAGAAGGCUCAACUCAUAUGAGAGUUGGGAACACUGGCGUCCUGAUCCCCAGAUAUGAACUGAACCAUAACAUAUUUAUGGAAAACGGAGCUUCCAACGCAACGGAGAUCAGAUGAGAGGUGACAUCAAUGGAACCAACGGACAUAAUGUUAUGUUUGUAUAAUGAUACAUGCCUUUAGGAUUCUUCUCCGAACAGAGAGACUCUCAGAUUCCUAGGCCUGUGAAAUGCCAUUGCCUGCUAUUCAACAACAGUCAGGUCAAGUGUUGUCUCUUUUUUUUUUAAAACAUUUUUAAAAUAAUCAACUUCUUUUGUUUCAUACAUGAUAUGUAUGUGUUGUGUUUCUA